AUUUUGCUAUAUAUCAAAUAGUUGUGAACUACUGCAGAACUUUAGGAGCUUUCGAAUCACUGGAUUUAGAGAUGACAGAACAUAUAAAUUAUUUCAACAAAUUGGGAAAGAAGGUAAAGAAAUCGACAGCCAAUUUUUCCAACAAAACACAAAAGAAACAAGGUCGGAUUGGAAAAGAAUCAUCAUCGUCAAAUGUGUCACAAAUAUGGAGUCCUGAAUCAAUCUUGAAAGAAUACGAAGUCUUCACCAGCAUUUGCCAUGGAGGAGCAGCAAAUGUCUACGCUGCGAGAAGAAGAUCUGAUCAAGUACCGGUGGCAUUAAAGGUUAUAGAGAAAAAUAAACUUGGGAGAUUUCUUGAGGAAAAUGGCAAGCCUAUCCCAAGUGAGGUUUUCCUACAGAAGAAACUAGAACAUAAAAACAUUAUAGGGCUAUUGGAAUACUUUGAAUGUGGACAAUCUAUCAUAUUAAUCCUAGAACGACCUGAAUCAUACAUCGAUCUUUUUGACUUCAUCAGCAGGCAAGAAUUUCUCUCGGAAAAAAUAGCGAAAAAAAUAUUUCGUCAGGUGUUGGACGCGACCGUGUAUUGCGAAAUGAAGGGGGUUUUUCAUCGCGACAUAAAAGACGAAAACGUUAUCCUUGAUUUAAAGACAGGAGAAGCAAAACUGGCUGACUUUGGGUCUGGGGCGCAGUUACACAAUACCGAAUAUACAGAAUAUGAAGGUACGCGAUCGUACUGCCCACCAGAAUGGUACAUAAACCAACGAUACUUGGCGAAACCCGCGACUGUUUGGUCACUGGGCAUACUACUGUACGACAUGGUCUGCGGAGAUGUGCCUUUCGAAAAUGAGGAAGAAAUUAAGGAAAAAGAAGUAACAUUUACAAUGUCGUUAUCUCCAGAUGUACAAAACCUAAUAACGAUGAUGCUAGAUAAAGAUCCACAGAAGAGACCAACUAUAGAAGACAUUAUGAACCAUCAAUGGACAAAAGAUAACAAGAUUGAGUAAUUACGUUCUGCCGCAGUGAUUUUGAAGAAACUCUCUGCGUUUCCACUUCGACACUUCCACAUUUUCAUGUGAUUAUUCCGUGACUAAAGGACAUCAGGAAUAUUUUAACUGCAAACAGUACUUUCGCACCAUGCUGAAAGGAUUCGUUCAAGCUUUAUGAUCACGAACAAUGCAUGCAUUAUCACGCAGUUGCACGAAUAAAACGUUUUUUGAAAAGUUUGAGUAACCCAGACUACGUACGACACAGUAAAAUUAAAAGUUCAAAAAGGAACUAUAAAUGACAUGGUAAUGAUGGUAGCUGUAUAUUAUUAUCGUGACUGCUGCGAAAAAGUAGCGGCAAUAUAAAGUCAUUA